UCAUACUCUAAAUCCAGACAACAAUAACACUAAUCUCCACCAUGUCAACCAUAGUCUGCCACCACCAAAAUUGGAUCUCCAAUUGCUUCGAAACCACCACCCUAAAGCUCACCCUCACCAUCACUUUCAACAAUAAUUCCGACGUCCGUACAAUUUCCGACCACGUCGGAAACUGGGGUUUCAUCCAAACACAAACCUCCGAUCACUGUAAUAACUAUAAUAAAAUCAAGGAAACCUACCCUCCCAAACCGGGACCCCGGCUCACCGCCAGGUCCCUGGACCUCUGCACCGAGAAUUUGGGCAGCGAAACGGGCACCGACGACGUCCGUCACUCGUCGACGUUGUUCAGCUCCGGCGAGAUCUCCACCACCACUACGACGUCGUUUCACGAACUCCACAACAUUAAUGCUACCGAUUUUUCUGCUAGGCUUAAUAAUACCUACCGUCGCCGGAAAGACGAGAACUGCUCCAUUAAAACCGGCGGCCUCCCGCCGCCGCUCACGACGAUGAUGGGGUCUAACUCUCUGCAACUGCGCCGCCGCAUAGAAGACGGCGGCAGGCUCGUUAUUCAGGCGGUGGAGACGCCGUUCCGUAAUUCGUACCUGGAGGCGGAGAGGAGCGACGGCAGACUCAGGCUGCGCUACUUUACGCCGCCGCCGACGCCGGAGCCGCCGUCCUUCGCCGCCGCCGGAGAAGGAGAAGACGGAGAAGAAGAUGAUGCUGAUGCUGAUGACGAUGAUGAAUGCGGCGGCGAAACAGCGGCGGCGCUGGAAAUUGAGGGCGGCGGAAACGAAACGGAAUCGGAAAAUUGCAAUUUGGAGAAAUUCCGGCAGCGGCUGAGCGUCCGGUGCAAGGAAGGCAGCCAUUGCUGGAAGGCUGCAGCUCUUUGGGUCGCCACUUCCUAAUUUAUUUUUAAUUAAUUAAUCUGAGACUUUUUUUUUUAUUUAUCUAAUUUUUGAAUUUUUGAUGUAAUUUUUUUUUUAAAUAUGGGUCGGGUUGUGAUUUUGGAUAAUUACUGUUGGACAUGGAUCGGCAUGUUUUUAC